UUCCCCUUGGUUAGUUAUGGUAGUUGUGCUUUUGAACCAACUUUGAAGCCACCUAUUAUUUUCCUUAUGCUUCUCUUCUUCAUACACUAUCUAUAAAUUAAGUUCCCCUACUUGCUCUUUUCAAACUAUCAAACCUCCAAUUCAAAUCCAUUUUUUCUUCUCUACUUCUGAACACUACUAAUUCUCUUGAUUAUUGAGUUUCUUAGCCAAAACCUCUGAACUUUAGAACAUGGAGCGUUUUGUGCCUCUAGCUUUGGUAUUAGCCAUGGCUAUAUUCAUGGCUGCACCGGGCUACGCCCAGAUCAACACACCAUGUAACGUAUCAGCGAUAAGCACUUCCUUCACCCCUUGCAUGAGUUUCCUCACAAAUAGCAGUGGCAAUGGAACCUCACCUACUGCAGAGUGCUGCGACUCCAUCAAAUCCCUCACAAGUGGGGGCAGGGACUGCUUAUGUCUCGUUGUCACCGGCAACGUUCCCUUCAGCAUACCGAUCAACCGUACAUUGGCCAUCUCUCUUCCUCGUGCUUGCAAAUUGCCUGGUGUUCCACUUCAAUGCAAAACUUCUGGUUCACCUCUUCCUGCUCCAGGACCAGCAUCUCUUGGACCAUCUUCUUCCCCUGAAUCUACCCCAUCUGCUACAUCUCCUAGUCCUCAAGGUUCUUCUUCUGCACUUCCCUCACCAGUUACACCUUCUCUGGCUCCAUCUGACUCAACCCCUCCUCUAUUGACUCCAUCAUCUUCAACCACGGGAAGUGGCCGCUCUAAUCUGACCCCAUCAUCUGCUGUGCCAUCUUACAGUCUCUUCCCUUCAUUUGUAUUCAUUGUAUUUGGAUUUGCUGUUUUUAAACACUACUAGGUUGGUGUGUGUUUGACAUCCUCUGCGGAUGUAGAUGUGUCUAAAAUGUUGCAAUAUGUUUGGCUUGUGUGUUGGAUUUUGGCUCAGAUUGUUUAAGACCCGCAUUUGGGGUUGUAUUUGUUUAUCAAGAUAAAAGGCUUUGAUUGUACCAUUUAUGUAACAUGAGUGCAUGGAAAGAAAAUUGAAGUUAUUUUAUUCAGUCAAAAGAAGUUCAUUUUCUAUUUUGCUCAUUUAAUUAUAUCUUUUACUUCUCCAUUUAAAUUGGAGUGUGAGUGAAACUUAAGUUAAAAAUAUCUUAACACUUUAAUUACACACAUUGAGAGAUAUAGUAAAAGAAGAGAGUAACAUGAAAUAUAUGGUGUACGAGUUGUGAUGUAAAGGAAAAUAAGAUACACCAUUACAGCUAACAAUGAGACUAAGAGUGAUUCUAAAGAGGCAACCCAAUAAAUUGUUUUGGUCCUAAAUCCCAACUGAGACAAAAGUGUUGAACUUUGACUCUCUUUACAGGUUGGCUAUUUUGUUUUUGUUAAAAUGUCGUGUCACUUUUUGAUUGGCUGUGUUGUGUUAGGUUUGAGAAAAUCAUACCCAUAACAUUAUCACAACACCAAGAGCUACCAUUCAGACAGUUGACUCGGUUCUCUCGUUUCCCUCCUGCCAACUCCUACGAUUUUGAAUUGUUUGAUCCAUGGCCACCACCCUCCUCCUCCUCCUCCUCCUGACUGUCCUCGCAGUCGCAGAGGCGGCGUCAAGCGGCGGCUGCACCUCCCCCAAAUUUCUCUGCUCAGUAUCACCAGCUCGAACUCUUCCUUACAGCGCAGAAACAUUAAUAGGGGACAGGGUCUCUCGUUUAGAGAUUCACAAUCGCAAAGGUGGUUCCCGCGGAGGAGGUGGAAGUAGUUCAGGUGGAGGUAGUAGUUCCCAUGGGGGAGGAGGGUCUUCUUCUGGAAAAACGAUACCCCGCACAGGCGCCGGAGCAGGCGCAGGAGCAGUGGUGGUAGGAGCAGGUGCAGGUGCAGCAUCUUUCACUCCUGGGCACCGGAGGACUAAUGGUACAAGUUCCAGCAUGGCCGGUAGAUACAACAAUUUGCUACUAUCUCCAACGCUUGCCAUCUUUGUCACAAGAGUACUACUCAAUAUUGUAUAGUUUUAGUGCUGAAUGAAUAUGUUGUUCCCACUCAUUGCUAAAUUGUUGCUGUUACUGAUUUGCAAUGGUUAUAGUGUAGUUUACAUGGAAAUGUAUAUAGUUAUAGGCAAAGAGAGAUGUUUGAAAUGUGUAGUUUACUUCUGUUUGUUUGUACUUGUCGGCGAAGUCUAAUGUGUGUUACUUGGAAGUGGAGGAGGUGGAAGUGGAGGUGGUUCACGUGGAGGAGGAUGGCCUGUGCCCCGCAACGGAGACGGAGCAGGCGCAAGUGGAGGUGAAGAAUUUUUCUCUCAGUGGCACGGGUGGAAAGAUUCAAGUUCAAGCUAGCAUGGCUGGUGGAUACAAGAGUUUGCUACUGUCUCUAAUACUUGCCAUCUUUGUCACAAGCAUACUCUCAAGUCUCAACACUGUGUAGUUUUACUAGUGUUGAAUGAAUAUGUUCCCACUCAA